CCAAACUGCCCCAGCUUCUAAUCUUACCUCAGUCCUGCUCUCUGCUCUUUGGUUCAUAUUGGUCGGGUCGGUGUCACGGCCACCAGCCGCCGAGUACUGGCUACCUCAUAUUGCAUUUUCUACCUGGAACGGGUGGGAAUAUUGCUCCUUCAGCUUGUGCCAUUUCUCCAGAUAGUAGCUUGUUGAUUUCGGGACGGAGGAAGGUCGAAAGUGAGGCGGAUUUUCCUGGAAUAUUCGUAUUCUCUCUAUUUCGACGUGUGUGCUCUCCCAAAAGCCCUUGCUGGAGGAAUAGCUGACAGCACUGCCUGUGGUGCACGUGCCGGACUGUUGUGCUCUCUUGCACCCCAUGAUCCACCAUGGCUUCCUUCAAGACCUGGAUUCUGGGGCUCCUGCUGGCUCUGCUCUGUUCCUUCCAGACCCCUCUGGCUCCAGGGGCUAAAGCUCAGGAAGCAGGCUACAGUGAAGACCACCGUGAUGAUGAUGAUGAUGACCAUGUAGCACAUGCAGGUGAAGAUGACAACGACGACGACAAUGAUGAUGAUGACGAUGACGACGAUGACGACGAUGAUGACGACGAUGAUGAUGAUGACGAUGACGACGAUGAUGAUGACGACGAUGAUGACGAUGACGACGAUGAUGACGACGAUGAUGACGACGAUGACGACGACGACGACGACGACGACGAUGAUGACGACGAUGAUGACGACGACGAUGACGACGACGACGAUGAUAAGGAUGAUGACGACGAUGAUGAUGACGAUGAUGACGAUGACGACGACGAUGAUGACGACGAUGAUGACGAUGACGACGACGAUGAUGACGACGAUGACGACGAUGACGAUGAUGACGAUGAUAAGGAUGAUGAUGAUGAUGAUGACGAUGAUGAGGAUGAUGAUGAUGACAACGACGACGAAGAUGACGACGACGACGACGACGACGACGACGACGACGACGAGGGGCAGUACCACAAAGGGUCUCUGUGCAGCUUCUGUUCCUUCUGCGAGCACUGUGACACCUGCGACAAAUGUCCGUGCAAGGAGGGCGACAAGGCACCUCACUGCGAGCACUGCGACAUGUGCAAGUUCUGCCACGUGUGCCCAGCGCUGUGCGACACAGUCUGCAAACCAGGUGGUUAUGUGGAUGAGCUCACAGGGACGUUCUACAAAACAAUAGCCCGAGCUCUCGAAGGUGGACACUGAGGCCCCAUCGCCACCAUGUGGCCCCGGAGGAGGCAGCCGCCAGGGAAUCCCGUUUCCCCCCGUUUUCUCCUGUUAUCCCAUUUCUUUCUUAGUUAUGAGAAGUGAGAGAACUACACACUUAGACACUUUUGAAAGGUGUAUUCAGGUUUAAUAACUUUACUGUGGAGUGAAAGGUUUUAACCAUACUCACAUGAGUUACACAAAGUCUUAAAGAAGGCAAUUGGAUGGCUUUGCCGAGAGGAGAAUACAAAAAAAUAAAAUAGGUCCGUUUUAAAACA